AUGGCAGAUGACAAUAAUCUUUAUGAAUCAUUUAAUCGUAAUUUAAAACAUUAUGCAAACUUACUCAUCCAAACCAAUUCAAAUCAAAUAUUUUGGGAUAUAGUUUUACUAACAUCAGGAAAUUUACAUCAAAAGUCAUUAUACGAACGUCAAAUCAGGCGUAAACUCGAAAAAAACGAAAUACCAAAUUUAGCAGAUCCUCAAGGAAUUCAAAUUGGAAGUGGAGGAAGCACAUUGUUAGCGAUGAAAUUCCUUGAUGACACAUAUGGAUCAAUUUUAAAACAAAAGAAAGUUUUGUUGAUUCACGCCGGAGGAUAUUCAACAAGAUUACCUCACGUUAGCGCAUCAGGAAAAAUAUUCAUGAAAAUUCCAAUCGAACGAAAUUGGAUAGAAUUAUUUGACUUGAAGUUGAUUAUUUAUCUAGAAUUAAUCAAUUAUUUAAAGGAUGGGACUGUAUUUCUUACUAGUUCAGAUACAAUUGAAUUGAUGUCACUUAACGCAAAGGAAACUUCUUUACAAACUUCGAUAUAUAAUACACCAUUUGUAGCAUUAGCGCAUCCAUCCACAUUACAAAUUGGUACGACGCAUGGUGUUUACAAAAUACAAGACGAUUGUCAAGAUGAUAUAUUAUUACCUAAAGAUCAAGGAAGUUUCAUUAAAAUAUGUAAAGAAUAUUUACAUAAACCAUCUAUUGAAUUUAUGAGAAAUCAUAAUGGCAUUAUUCAUUUAGAUAAUGGUGGAUAUGAAUUUGUAUAUACGGACAGUACUUACUUCUUUGAUUAUAACAUAUUAAAAAUAUUUCUCAAGAUAUUGGAUGAAAUUCAACCAUUAACGUAUGAAUUAGAAGCAUGGUCUGAUUUCUUAUCAACAAAAUUCACAAAUCGCAUCAUAACGCAAGAAAUCUCAACAUUAGAAAAAGCACAACUUACGAUUCUAAAGGAGCUUUAUUCUCUCGAAAAUCCCAAAUUAAAUGUUUUAAUAUUAAAUAAUUCAAAAUUUUAUCAUAUGGGAACUAUGUUUGAAUAUUUAAAUGAAUGUUGUAUAAAUCCUCAAUUUAAAGGAAUUGUAAAAUUUACUUCAGAAGAAUCGUUAGAUAAGAAAACUUCAAAUAAUGGAAAUAUUUGUAUGAUAAAUAGUCAUAUAAAUGAAAAUACAGUAUUAUUUGAAGAAUUCGCUCCUAUAAUUUUAGAUAAUAUUAAAGUUCAUAAAACUUUUGCUGAAGAAGAUAAGAAGGUCAUCAUUGGAGGAUGGAGUAUAUUAAGCAACAUUGAAUUAAACACAUCAAAUUUAAUGUCGAAAGAAAUUAGAAUACCAAAUCAUAUAUGUAUGUUUACUUUACAUUUAAAAAUCCUAAAUCAAAAAAUCUUUUCGACUUUUAAUAAUGAAGAAGGUUUUGUCACAUUUAUCUUUGGUAUAAAUGAUGAUAUGAAAGCAAAGUAUUCUUUUGAUUCUUUAAUUAUUUAUAAAAAUAUUCUUGUACAUAAAAUCAUUCAUUCACAAUAUUAUAAAUGUAAGAAUUUACAAGAACAAUUACCACCUAAAUUAGCAUUAUGGAAUGCUCCUAUAUUUCCUAUGACUAAAACCAAAGAACAAUCUAUUAAAUUAGCUAUACAAAUGUUAGAAAAAAUAGAAAAAGCAAAAUAUAUAAUAGAAAAUAAUAUUAUAGAAAAAGAUAUGGAAAUUUAUGAAAAGGAUAUUCUUAAAGAAAAUUAUGAAAUUAUUAUAUUUACAUCACUAAAAAUGAGUGUUGAAAUAAUGGAAAUAUUAUAA